UGCUCCAAUUGGGGCGCUCGACAGGGGGAAGAGAGAUGGCGUGCUUGUUGGAGGCCCCUCUCCGCAUCAGCGUGUUAUCUGAGGUCACGGCCACCAGCCGCCAUUAUGUUGACGGGCUGUUUCACCCCGACCCACAGAAAGUGCUGCAGGGAGUCAUUGACAUGAAGAAUGCUGUCAUCGGAAACAACAAACAGAAAGCCAAUCUGAUUGUCCUGGGAGCUGUGCCCAGGUUACUGUACCUGCUCCAGCAGGGCUCAUCUAGUUCAGAGCUGAGGACAGAGUGUGCGGUGGUGCUGGGCUCAGAGCUGAGGACAGAGUGUGCGGUGGUGCUGGGCUCAGAGCUGAGGACAGAGUGUGCGGUGGUGCUUGGCAGUCUGGCCAUGGGCACCGAGAACAACAUCAAGUCCCUGGUGGACUGUCACAUCAUCCCUGCCCUGCUGCAAGGUCUCGUAUGUCCAGACCUGAUCUUCAUCGAGGCUUGUCUACGCUGCCUAAGGACAGUCUUCAUCAGUCCAGUCACCCCAGUGCAGCUGCUCUACACUGACCCCACUGUGAUUCCCCACCUCAUGUCCCUAAUGAGUCGGUCUCAGCGGACGCAGGAGUACAUCACCCAGAUCUUCUCCCACUGCUGCAAGACUCCAGAGCAUCAGACGGUUCUGUUUAACCACGGGGCCAUCCAGAACAUCGCUCCCAUGCUCAUCUCUCCCUCCUAUAAGGUACGAAUGCAGGCAUUAAAAUGCUUCUCGGUCCUGGCCUACGAGAACACUCAGGUCUCCACGACACUGGUGAAUGUGCUGGUGGAUGGGGAGCUGCUCUCUCAGGUAUUUGUCAGAAUGAUGCAAAGGGAUCGGCCCAUUGAAAUGCAGCUAACAGCAGCCAAGUGUCUAACGUACAUGUGUCGAGCGGGAGCCAUCAGGACAGAUGACAGGUGCAUUGUUUUAAAGACCCUGCCGUGCCUGGUGAGGAUGUGCAGUAAGGAGCGUCUGUUGGAGGAGCGUGUGGAGGGGGCAGAGACCCUGGCCUACCUGAUGGAGCCUGAUGUGGAGCUGCAGAGGAUCGCCAGUGUAACAGACCACCUAGUGGCCAUGCUGGCUGACUACUUCAAAUAUCCCAGCUCUGUCAGCGCCAUCACUGACAUCAAGAGGUUGGAUCACGACCUGAAGCACGCUCAUGAGCUGAGGCAAGCUGCCUUCAAGCUGUACGCCUCACUGGGCUCCAACGAUGAAGACAUCCGCAAGAAGAUCACAGAGACAGAGAACAUGAUGGACAGGAUAGUGAGUGGCUUAUCAGAAUCCAGCAUCAAGGUGCGGCUAGCAGCCGUCAGGUGUCUUCACAGUCUGUCCCGGUCAGUCCAGCAGUUGAGGACUAGUUUUCAUGACCACGCAGUAUGGAAACCCCUUAUGAAGUUGUUACAGAAUGCUCCAGAUGAGGUGCUGGUCAUGGCCUCUUCUACACUAUGCAACCUGCUGCUGGAGUUCUCCCCCAGCAAAGAGCCCAUCCUGGAGUCAGGGGUGAUAGAGUUACUAUGCAGUCUGACCCAGAGUGACAGUCCAGCCCUGAGGGUCAACGGCAUCUGGGCUCUCAUGAACAUGGCAUUCCAGGCAGACCAGAAGGUGAAGGGGGAGAUUAUGAGAGCUUUGGGGACGGAGCAGCUCUUCCGUCUGCUCUCUGACCCGGACACUAACGUCCUGAUGAAGACCUUGGGCCUGCUACGGAACCUGCUCUCCACACGACCUCACAUAGACCAGAUCAUGAGUUCCCAUGGGAAGCAGAUCAUGCAGGCGGUCACUCUGAUCCUGGAGGGGGAACACAGCAUCGAGGUCAAGGAGCAGACACUCUGCAUCCUAGCCAACAUCGCUGAUGGCAACACAGCCAAGGAACUCAUCAUGACCAAUGACGACAUCCUCCAGAAAAUAAAAUAUUACAUGGGUCACUCUAAUGUGAAGCUCCAGCUGGCGGCAACAUUCUGUAUCUCCAACCUGAUCUGGAACGAGGAGGACGGUGAGGCCGACGCCAUGACAGGCUCCCAGGAGCGUCAGGACAAGCUGAGGGAGUUGGGCUUUGUAGACAUUCUGCACAAACUGACCCAGGCCUCAGACCCCAACCUCUGUGAAAGGGCGAAAACAGCGAUGCAGCAGUAUCUGGCGUGACCCCACGGGAGCAGUCUCAGAUGUUGUUGCCCCUAACAACACAACUAACAAUCCAACCGUCUGCCAGGAGGAGACCUGCCUGCUGCCAUUAUUUAGUUCUCUUCUCCUUCACUUUAAUCUUCAGUUUUUGUAUUGUUGCACAAAGACACCUUUUGAGCUGCAGCAGCAGACCCCCCUCCCACCCCAUCACCCCCCUCCCCUCCCCACCAACCCAACCCUGACCCCAAUCCCAGCCGGAGACUUUAAGACAAGGUCGGGCGGGAAACGAGCGCUUGCUGCUCACCAACGGUUACUGGAGGGGGAGUUUCACACAAAAAGUUGUAGUUGUCUUUUUUUUUCUCAUGCAAAUAGGUGAAGAUUUUUGUUUUGUUUCUGAGACUUGAUGUGAAUGAAGAAAGGAUUAGUAGUGUGCAGUACAGCAGCCAGACACCGCAGCACAGUGCCACCUUGUGGCCAGGAGGCCUUGGUGCUUUUGGACUCCCUACUGAGGAGAUGGACAGAAAGACGCCUCAGAGAGCGGGACUAAAGGGUCUGACGGAAAGGGCAGGGUUGUGGGAGCAUCACUUCCUCUUGGUUUAAUUUAGCUAAUUAAUGAUUCAUUAUUAUUAUUAUUAUUAUUUAGAGGUGCUUUAUGUCGCAAGAGAGGACGCGUUUGGGAAAAAAAGACUGUUCAUUUUGAAAUGUGUGGUGGUUUCUUUUUUUGUGGAUACAUACCUCGUAAAUAUUUAUAAACAUAUAAAUAUAUUUUUGGGAUUUGUAUUUUCCCCA